AACCAUAUAUAGCUUAGAUUCUCUUUUGCUUUUCUUUCUUUCUCGUCAGAUGAAAAACAAAAAUUUUACUCUUUCAUAAAACUUUUUUUCCCCUAAAUCAUUAUCUCUUUCACAGACCCAUUCACUGGAUCUUUAUAUAAUCUACCAAUAAUAAUAAUCAUAUUUGCUUCUAACGUGUUAUUCCUGGUUCUACUUCAAUUCCUAGUUCUUUUGUGUUGAAAAUCUCUGAAGAAGAUGACUGUGGAACAAGAGUUUGAAGCAGUGGACCAGUUUCCAGUAGGGAUGAGAGUUCUUGCCGUUGACGAUGACCAAACUUGUCUCCGUAUUCUCGAGACUCUGCUUCAUCGCUGUCAAUACCAUGUUACAACAACGGACAGUGCACAGACCGCACUGGAGCUGUUGAGGGAGAACAAGAACAAGUUUGAUCUCGUUAUUAGCGAUGUGGACAUGCCAGACAUGGAUGGUUUCAAGCUACUCGAGCUCGUUGGUCUCGAAAUGGACUUACCUGUCAUAAUGUUGUCUGCGCAUAGCGAUCCAAAGUAUGUGAUGAAAGGAGUCAAGCACGGUGCCUGCGACUACCUGCUUAAACCGGUGCGUAUCGAGGAGCUCAAGAACAUAUGGCAACACGUUGUGAGGAAAAGCAAGUUCAAGAAGAUGAAGAGCAUUGUGACUAAUGUUGAAUCCACGGAUAACACUGAUCAGAACGGUGUGAAAGCGAACAGAAAGCGUAAAGAUCAGUUUGAAGAGGUGGAAGAAGAUGAUGAAGAAAGAGGGAAUGAAAACGAUGAUCCAACGGCUCAAAAGAAGCCGCGUGUUCUCUGGACGCGUGAGCUGCACAACAAGUUCUUGGCAGCUGUUGAUCACUUGGGCGUUGAGAAAGCUCAACCAAAGAAGAUUCUUGAACUGAUGAACGUUGACAAGCUCACAAGAGAGAACGUGGCUAGCCACCUUCAGAAGUUUCGUUCCGCGUUGAAGAAAAUAACAAAUGAAGCUAAUCAACAAGCUAACAUGGCAGCUAUAGACUCACACUUCAUGCAGAUGAGUUCUCUCAAAGGGCUUGGCGGCUUCCACCACCAACAAAGGCAGAUACCUCUUGGAUCCGGUCAGUUCCAUGGUGGAGCUGCAGCAACCAUGAGGCAUUUUCCUCUUGGUCGCCUAAACUCCUUUGGAGGAGUGUUCCCACAUGUCUCAUCAUCGCUUCCUCGUAACCACAGUGAUGGAGGUUACAUACUUCAAGGAAUGCCGAUUCCACCUUUAGAUGAUCUUCAUAUCAACAACAACAAUAACAACAAGGCUUUUCCGAGCUUUAGUUCACAACAAACCUCUCUAAUGGUUGCUCCCAAUAAUCAGCUGGUUCUCCAGCAGCCAUCAUAUGCAUCCUUAAACCCUGGGGGGUUCUCUCCUCACUUGGAGAUCAACAAGCGUCUUGAAGAUUGGUCAAACACUUUAUUGUCAACCAACAUCCCACAGAGUGAUGUUCAUUCAAAACCAGACGCCUUGGAAUGGAACCACUUCUGCAACUCAGAUGCUGCACAAGCAGGCUUUUCUGGUGCAAACAACUUAGGUCCAAUGACCGAUGCUCAACUGUUGAGAAGUAGCAGUCCAAGUGAAGGUUUAUUUGUGGGACAACAGAAGCUAGAGAAUGGUUCAAUGCCUUCAGAUGCUGGUUCCUUGGAUGAUAUUGUCAACUCCAUGAUGCCAAAGGAGCAGAGCCAAGCUGACUUCUUUGAAGGAGAUUGGGGUUUGGAUGGCAUAAUAGCUCACUCAGAACUUGCAUAUGAGAAUCUGUUUUUAUGUUUUCUUUGUAACUUGGUCAACAUGAGAAAGAGUGUUUUAUUCAGACACAAUCAAUUAUUAUUACCUUUGGUUCUGUCUUUUUUUUUCUUGCUCUCUUGUAAAAAAAAACCUGUAAGCCCUCUUUGCAACUUAUGUUUCAAGCAUGAUGGCAUUCUCUUCGUGUUACCCAUGAAUCUGUUGGCUGUUAAAGAGUGGUCUAAUCUAUGAAGUAGAACCAAACUCAUGC